AUGCAUCUCUACAACCUCACACUCCAGCCGCCGAGCAAUGUCACGGCUUCCGUCGUCGGCCAGUUCUCUGGCACACGCCAGCAGGAAAUCGUCCUCGCAAAGGCGAAUCGCAUCGAGCUCCUCCGCCCGGACACGCAGACGGGCAAGGUGGCCACCGUCCUCACCCAUGAGGCCUUCGGCGUAGUGCGCAGCCUCGCCAGCUUCCGGCUCACCGGCGGCUCCAAAGACUACCUCAUCAUCGGAUCCGACUCCGGCCGCAUCGUCAUCCUCGAGUACCAGCCCAAGACCAACACCUUCGACAAGCUGCACCAGGAGACCUUUGGGCGGUCCGGAUCUCGCCGCAUCGUGCCUGGGCAGUACCUCGCCACCGACCCAAAAGGCCGCGCCGUUAUGAUCGGGGCCAUGGAAAAGGCCAAGCUGGUCUACAUCCUCAACCGCGACACCGCCGCCAACCUCACCAUAUCCAGCCCGCUCGAGGCGCACAAGCCCAGCGGCAUCAUCCACAGCAUCGUCGGCGUCGACGUCGGCUUCGAGAACCCGCUCUUUGCCAGCCUCGAGGUCGACUACUCGGACGCAGACCAGGACCCGACGGGCAAGGCGGCCGCCGAGGCGGAAAAGGCGCUCACCUACUACGAGCUCGACCUCGGCCUCAACCACGUCGUGCGCCGGUGGUCGGAGCCCGUCGAUCCGCGCGCCAACCUCCUCAUCCAGGUGCCCGGCGGCUACAACCAGAACCUCGAAAAGUGGGACGGCCCCAGCGGCGUGCUCGUCUGCAGCGAGGACUACAUCACUUACAAGCACCAGGGCCAGGACGAGCACCGCGUCCCCAUCCCGCGGCGGCACAACCCGCUCGAGCGGCAGAGCGAGCGCCGCGGCACCCUCAUCGUGGCCAGCGUGCUGCACAAGAUGAAGAACGCCUUCUUCCUGCUGGUCCAGACCGAGGACGGCGACCUGUUCAAGGUGACGAUGGAGCACGAAGAGGAAGAGAUCCGCUCGCUCAAGAUCAAGUACUUCGACACCGUGCCCGUGGCCGCCGGCCUGUGCAUCCUGCGCGCCGGUUUCCUCUUUGUCGCGUCCGAGUUUGGCGCCCAGUACCUCUACUCGUUCCAGAAGCUCGGCGACGACGACGACCUACCGGAAUACGCCUCGACCGACUACGAGGACCACGGCGCGGGCGCACACCCGCCGGCGCUACCGUCGUUUACGCCGAGACCGCUCGAGAACCUCAUCCAGGUCGACGAGCUGCCGAGCCUCGACCCCAUCCUCGACGCCAAGGUGCUCAACCCGCUGGGAGCCGACUCGCCGCAGAUCUUUGCGGCGUGCGGCCGCGGCGCGCGGAGCAGCCUCAAGAUGCUCCGCCACGGACUCGAGGUGCAGGAGGCCGUCAGCUCUGACUUGCCAGGCGUCCCCAACGCCGUCUGGACAACCAAGCUGACCAGGCGCGACGAGUUUGACAGCUACAUCGUCCUCAGCUUCGUCAACGGCACGCUCGUGCUCAGCAUCGGCGAGACGAUCGAGGAGGUCUCGGACAGCGGCUUCCUCACCACGUCGCCCACGCUCGCGGUCCAGCAGCUCGGCGACGACGCGCUGCUCCAGGUCCACCCCCACGGCAUCCGCCACAUCCUCGCCGACAAGCAGGUCAACGAGUGGGCCACCCCAAGCUUGCCCAACGGCCAGCCGACGACGAUUGUCGCAUCGACGACCAACGCGCGCCAGGUCGUGGUGGCGCUCAGCAGCAACGAGAUCGUCUACUUUGAGCUCGACAUGGAGGGCCAGCUCAACGAGUUUCAGGAGCGCAAGGCCAUGGGCGCGCGGGUGCUCACCAUGAGCAUCGCCGAGUGCCCCGAGGGGCGCCAGCGGACGCCCUACCUCGCCGCCGGAUGCGCUGACUCGACGGUGCGCAUGGUCUCGCUGGAUCCGGAGAGCACGCUGGCCUCGAUCUCGAUCCAGGCCCUGACGGCGCUGCCGUCGAGCAUCUGCAUCGCCGAGAUGCAGGACAACAUCGUCGACCGGCACCACCCGACGCUGUUCGUCAACAUCGGGCUGCAGAACGGCGUGCUGCUGCGCACCGUGCUCGACUCGGUCACCGGCCAGCUGACCGACACCCGCACCCGCUUCCUCGGCAGCAAGCCGGUGCGGCUGAUCCGCACCGCGGUGCAGGGCGAGCGCGCCGUCUUGGCGCUCAGCAGCCGGUCGUGGCUGAGCUACUCGUACCAGUCGCGGCUCCACUUUGUGCCGCUCAUCUUCGAGGCGCUCGACCACGCGUGGUCCUUUAGCGCCGAGCUGUGCCCCGAGGGCUUGAUCGGCAUCAUCGGCAGCAGCCUGCGCAUCUUCACCAUCCCCACGCUCGGCACUAAGCUCAAGCAGGACAGCACGCCGCUUUCGUACACGCCGCGCAAGGUCGCCGCGCACCCGGACCGGAGCAACCUCCUCUACAUUGCCGAGGCCGAGCACCGGACGCUGUCGCCGAGCGCGCGGCGGAAACGCGAGGCCGAGAUGGGCGGCAAGGCGCUCAAGGCCGAGCAGCGGGGCGUCCUGGACCUGCCCGCGGCCGAGUUUGGCCUGAUUCGCGCCGGGCCAGGGCAGUGGUCGAGCUGCCUGCGGGUCGUCGACGCCACCGAGGCGCAGUCGCUGCAGCAGGUCGAGCUCGAGGACAACGAGGCGGCGUUCAGCGUGGCGCUGGUCAGGUUCGCCUCGGCCGAGGGCGAGGCGCACCUGGUGGUCGGGUCUGGCGUCGACGUGCACCUCUCGCCGCGCUCGGUCGGAAAGGCCUACCUCAGCGUCUACAAGAUCCUCGACGACGGGCGGCGGCUGGAGCUGAUGCACCGCACCGAGGUCGACGACGUGCCGCUGGCGCUGCGGCCGUUCCAGGGGCGGCUGCUGGCGGGGAUCGGCAAGUCGCUGCGCAUCUACGACCUGGGCAAGAAGAAGCUGCUGCGCAAGAGCGAGAACCGCACCUUCCCCUCGGCCAUUGUCCAGCUCGACGCGCAGGGCUCGCGGAUCGUCGUGGGCGACAUGCAGGAGUCGGUGCUCUUCGUGUCGUACAAGCCGCUCGAGAACCGGCUGGUGGUGUUCGCCGACGACACGAUGCCGCGCUUUGUCACGUCGCUGGCGAUGCUCGACUACGACACCGUGGUGGCGGGCGACCGGUUCGGCAACGUCUUUGUGCUGCGCAUCGACGAGUCGACCAGCCGCUCGGUCGACGAGGACCCGACGGGCCUCACCAUCAUCCACGAGAAGCCGCUGCUCAACGGCGCCGCGCACAAGGCGAGCCUGCAGGCGCACUACUUUGUCGGCGACAUCCCCACGUCGCUGUCGCGCGUCCGCAUGGUGCCCGGCGGUCGCGAGGUGAUCCUCUACACGGGCCUGAGCGGCACCCUGGGCACGCUGAUACCGUUCGUGAGCAAGGAGGACGUCGAGACGCUUUCGACAUUAGAGAUGCACAUGCGGCAAGAAGCCGGCAGCAUCGUCGGUCGCGACCACCUCGCCUUCCGGGGGAUGUAUGCUCCUGUCAAGGCCGUCGUGGAUGGCGAUCUCUGCGAGACCUUCGGCCUCCUCUCUCCGCAAAAGCAGGCGGCCAUCGCCGGAGAGCUUGAUCGUACGCCGGCCGAGCUGAACAAGAAGCUCGCCCAGCUUCGCGAGGGGUCGACCGGAUUCUAG